AUGCCUGGCGGGCGACCCGGCCGCACAACGUCCGAGUCGUCGGCGGAAACACCCGCCGCGGCCAGUACGGGUCGCCUCGGGCAGAAUGACAGCGUACAGCAACAGUUUACGCGGUUCGCAGAUUAUUUCGUAAUCUGCGGGCUGGACCUGGACUCCGGGCUCGAGCCCGAUUUGUUUGCCGGUGACGGUCUGAGCUGCUCGCCGCUGGACAGUGCGUACAAGAGCAAACCACUCGCACACUACCCGGAGUACGUGACGUGGAAUCCGUUCGAUGCGCACGGCAUCUGCAUGCUGUCGUUGCCCCAGGGGCUCCGCUUUCGCACCCAGAAGCACAACAUCGAGCCGCGGUUCCACGCGUUCGCGACGACCCGCGAAGACGGCAAGCGGUGCUACGGGUUCAGCCUGGUGUUUUACGAGGAGGUGCGGAACCGGCAGAUCUGCAGCGCCAUGCACACGCUCCAGUCGAUGUUCAUCACGGAGAUGUCGAGCACGCAGCAGCCACCGCCCGGGACGCUGCGGCGGGUGAAGGAGAGCCCCGUGAGCCGGUCGCUGCCGAGGCACUUCAAGAUCGCCGCCCAAGCGCCGGCGUCCGCGCUCAGCUACUACGAUAUCGCCAAGGAUAAGCUGUACGUGGCCAAGAGCCUGUCGCUCGUCUGCCAGGUGCCGUACGCGCACGUGGCCGAGCUGUUUCUGCAGAAUCUCUACCGCUGUCUUCCCCGGCAUCCCGGUGCGCGGCUCAGCCUGGAAAGCUACGUGUACAACAUUCUGUACGAAGUGUCCACUCCGGCGCCCGGCAAAUCGAUCCGCAUCUACAUACCUCCGGAGGAGCCGCACCUGCCGCCGAUCGCCACCAUCCUGCAGCGGCCGGCCCUGAAGGACGAGCUGCCCUUCAUGGACUUCCCGCUGCGGUUGCUCUUCACCUACCUCGGCGUCGAGUGCGUCAUCCAGCUGUUUACGUGCGUGCUGCUCGAAAGCCAGGUGCUGCUCCGCUCGUCCGACUACCAGAAGCUGACGAUCGUGGCCGAGUGCAUCACCUCGCUGCUGUUCCCCUUCCAGUGGCCACACGUGUACGCGCCCAUCCUGCCCGCCUCGCUGCACCACUUCCUGGACGCGCCGGUCCCGUUCGUGAUGGGGCUACACGCGGACUGCGACAGCACGGUACGGAUCGGGAGCGAGGCGAACCUCUGCUACGUGGACAUCGACAAAAAGUCGGUCCAGCUGCCCGAGGAGCUACCGUCGUUCCCGCACCGGCACGAUUUCAUCUCGGAAAUCACGGCCUUGCUGGACAAGUACCAGGUGCCGCGGGACCGCUCGCUCGAUCCGCCCAGCAUACUCAGCCCAAAGAAUCUCCUCAAGGACCAUGACAUGAUGACGACCAGCUGCACGCUGCCCUCCGGGAUGCACAUCGUGCGCCGCAAGCACUCGCUGCACGAUCUGCUCGACUGGGACCGGCCGGCUUCGCCCGAUCUGCCACUGCCACCGACGGCGGCCGUUCCGGCGCGCCCGGACGUUCGCCAACGGAUCGUCGAUAUCGUGCGUCGGAGCGGUGGCGACGAGGUGGACAGCAGUGGCGGCCCCAACGAGGUGAUGCCGAGCGCGAAACAGAAGCAACCACUCAGCACCCUCGAGCAGUACUACGAGGACCUGAGACUGAACAAUGCGCUGCGCGAAAUCUUCCUCAACCGGUUCGUGCAGAUGUUUGCCGCGUACGAGCACUUUGUAAUACUGCCAAAUCAGAGUAAAGACGAGUGGCUGACCAACCGCGAAUCGCUGCACAACUUCGACAAGGCGUCGUUCCUCUCGGACCAACCGCAGCACCAUCGACCGUUUCUGUCGCGCUUCCUCGAGAGCCAGAUGUUUGCCACGCUGAUCGACAACAAGAUCAUGCUGUCGUGGUGCGACGACAGUCAGAACGGAUCGUCGUCCGGCCACCUGCUCGACUGUCUGAACGGGGACACGGAGUACAGCUUGCGGCUGUUCGAUUCGAGGAUAAAAAUUCUCCGCAAACGCUACGGUGGCGAGAGUAUGAUCCGCACCGCGAACUACGAACCGUGCAUUCUGGCCCGGGAAACGCAAAAACUGCUCGACAAACGGCUGCUGGCGGUGGACAUGGAGGUGGCGCCCCCGAGCGAGAUCCUGGACAAGCGGGCACCGUACUAUCGGAGCUUUCCGCUGCUGGAAAAGUCCGUCCUCAACCAAGAAUGUGUCUCGAGAGGCAACAGCUUGCGAAGGGUGAAAAAUGGCAGCACAAAGUGGAAAGUGAAGGAAAUCUCAUUGGAUACUACGGCUACGGCUGGUAGCAACGCGGCCGCUACCGGUGCGGUACCCACUUCCGCCUUCACGAAGGACUCGGACGGCAGUAAGUCGAACCGGAACUCGGCCAACCUGUCUGGAACGGAAAUAAGUCCGGCCUUGCUGGCGCAGGCCAACUGGACGUUCGUGGAGAAGCUUCUCAAGGACAUUAAGAGCAAAACGAAGCGGAUGCUGCUGGAAAAGAUGGGCACGGAAGCGAUCGAGCUUGGGCUGAGCGGCGAAACGUCCGUAACGGGAGUGGAGGAGAACACGAUGAUCGCCUCACUGUGCGAUCUGCUCGAGAAGGUUUGGUCGCACGGGUUGAUCAACAAGCAAAGCAAAUCGGCCCUGUGGACGCAUCUGGCCGCGUACCUUGAGAUCAAGGACUGCCAGAAUCCGGGCAGGCAUCAGAUGGAGAACAGCUACCUGACGCCAGGCAAGGCACGCAGCUACUCCGAGAUUCGGUAUCACACGCUACAGAGCCCGUCAGGCCCGGAUGUUGGUGGUGUAGGCACGCCUGGUCGCUUGAAGAAGUACCACACGACGAUCGCGCACAAGAUUCGUCGCCUCCAUUCGGAUCGGGCGGGUCGGCCUUCCGCGCCGGCGUCACCCGGCGGCAGCAGCAGCAGCAUCUUCGUGGCAGGAGAAGCGGUAAUGCCGCCAUCCCCCCCACCGGCCAAACGUGGGUCGGCCGGUCGCUUUACUAACCUGUCCGAUGUCGUGGCUUCUUUUGUCGCUAUGCGCCACGGUACGGUAGCUAAUCUGUUUUCCACACGCAGCCACUGCGAUCUAUCAUCGUUGGCCAUCGAACCGCAGCUUCCACCACCGUCGCCGACGAGAGGCCGUUCGAAAUCGCGUGACCGCAAGAGCCUCGGACCGGAACAGCUUCGACCGCUUCCCGAAUCGCUCGAGUUUGAUAUUCGCAACAUUCUGACGAUGACGGACAUUAAAACGCACAUCGGGUACGCCCGGGCCUGGGUACGGUUGGCGCUGGAGAAGAAGGUGCUGUCGCGCCAUCUCCGAACCCUGCUCUCCGACGCUGCCCUGCUCCGCCAGCUGUACAAACGGUCCGCCUUCGUGCGCUGCGACGACGAAGUGGAGCAGUUCCUCUACCAUCUGCUCACGCUGAAUGCGGUUGACUACUUCUGCUUCACCAACACCUACCCGACGACGAAGCUACCGUAUCGGGUGGUCGUUUUUCCGUCGAAAAAAUCGAGCGCCGCCACGACGUCCGCCAACGUUUGGAUCGCCAUUUCCGGCAGUCUCGGCGAAACGCAAAUCAUCAACGUGCCCCGCCACUCGCUGGAGUUUGUGUUUCACCACAAAACUCUUGGUAUACUGACGUCACUGAGAGUUGGGCACGACGAUACCGGCAUGUCCUCCAAAUGGCUUGUGGAGCAUGUGGUCGUGAGGAAUGAAGUCACCGGGCACACGUACAAGUUUCCGUGCGGACGCUGGCUGGGACGUGGCAUCGACGAUGGAUCGAUCGAGCGGCUGCUGAUCGGGCAGCUUGUUCCGCGGACGGUCGACAGUGAGGAGCUGGUGGAAGCGUGCCGGACACCGCCCCGCACCCGCAGCCCCAGCAUCCAGCGGCCCGAGGUACGCCCGUCCGACAUUCAGCACAUGCUCGGUAACUGUGUGAACGCCAUCGUCAAGUGGCACUACCGGCCCAGCCGGGACCGGGACGCCAGCUCGCUAACGAACCUGCUGUGCGGCGAGAACGGGCUGGUGAAGUGCCUCGAGCAGGCGUUCCUGUGCGGGUUCCGCUCGUCCCGCCUCUUCGGGCGCAACCUUUACCUGUGGGAUUACUUCGUGCGGGUGAAGGAACAGUUCGAGAUCUGCCUGGUGGAGGAAUCGGUGGAAACGGUACGCGGUGGCGGUGGUGCUGGCGGCGCCUCGACCAGUGGCUCCCCACCGACGAGCGGGUCGAGCCCGGAAUCACCACCGCAACUACCGCCGACCGGUGUCGGGGCGGCGCUCAGUGUUUCCUCGCUGUCGCCCGUGGCACGACAGGAACUGUCCGCCGUCUGGCACUGUUACUGCCAUCUGAUGGACGAAAUCAACAACGUGAAGCAAACACUCGGCAAAGAUGGUCGCUUCCAGUUGUUUAUCUGUCUGAGUUUGAGGGAACAUUUGCUCCACCGGAUGCUGGUCCCGAUGGCGUACACACGCGUGACGGCGGAAAUGUACGAGGAGCAGAGCUUCAUGCGCAAGAAGGGGCUGCUGACGUUUUUGCGCCAAAUUUUGGAACCCCUCGACGAGUUUCAUAUAGUGCUGGAAAACUCCAUUACGCAGGGUAUCGGAUCGCACUGUUAGGAUGGGUGCUAGGUUCACUGUUUGGCCGCGUUGGUCGACGACGGUGCUAGACUGAACGAAACCAAAAUACUCUCGUGAACUACACAGAUUGCAGCGGGAAACGCAGGAUAAGUCGCGUUUGGAUAAGUUACUUUAGUUUCGGUGCGUUUUUAUACACUUUACGGGUCGUUGUUUGAUCAAUUUACUGUGGCCCGUAAGGGUGAAAGGACUCAUGAACGGGGAACUCAAAGUGGAGUACAAACUCACUCGCUAGUUAACGUAGGAAGUACUCGGACGCAAGAGAUUCCCAUCAUACCUACAAAUCAUCACAACAUAGGCAACUGCAUCUGCAAGACUAGAAGUAGUUCAUUUUUUAUAGAUUUUGUGCUCGUGUAUAAUUUUAUAACAGAAAACACACUUUGGUGGUUUAGUUUUAGCCGCUGGGAAAUCGGUUUGGCCUCCCAAAAAGGCACCAGUUACACGCGCUCAGUUACUAUAUUUUUAAUUUAUUUUUAAGAAUUCGCUUCCUGAAGCUAAGCUAUCCGGACAGACUGAAACGCGAGCGGAGAUGAUGUCGAACGCAAGCGGCAUAGCUCGAUCCUGACUCAGCAACAGUGGCCAAAGACUAUUGAGUAGCAAAAGAGUUUGUGCGGUGGUGCUGCUUCUUGUCGCGUAGAAAGUUUGCGCAGCUUCUUCGGCAGCCACCCGCCUGGUGAAGAAUGUAAACUACACACGAAGAUUAUACGGUUUAUGCCGUGGAGUUGCACUGGGUGGCCGUUAUUUUGAUCGGAUAUCUUCUUGCCAACAUUUAGUUAUACGAUAAGGUUUUUUUGUCUGUCUUUUGUUAGGUCUUCCAAUAUUGUUUGCGUUUUGUUUUGUUUUUGCAAACAAUGUGUUACUAAUUUUGUUGCUUGUUAACUACUCAGCACGCACCACUGGGCCAACCGUGCAAGGAGGCGACACAGAACCAAUAGUCAUCGAUGAUAAACUGUGCCAAAAACAAACCGUUAACUGUUCGUAAUAUAUAGACACUAAUAUGGAGCAAACGCGCAAGGUAGAGCGCGUUCUAGCCGUACGAAAUCUCAAAACAGAAUUCUAUGUAAAUGGUGUGUGAUAUCGCGAAAUGAGACGGAAACCGAAGCGAUCUAACGAUCUGAUUGCGUACCGCAGUGUCCGCCGCGGAGGGAAAUAUAUUGCAGGGCUGGGCGCAUAUUGGCGUAUAUUUUUGUGCAACGAUCAAUGCGAGGCCUCUGACGGCAACGUCUAUUAAAACGCAUCCGUGAUUGGACCCCUUUCUCAUUCGUCCAGCAUAUGCGUACAUGCACGUACUCUGUCUCUCUAUUUCAGUUACCUUCCACGGAACUUUACUGAACAAUCUUUAUGUAGCCUCUCCGGUGCUGUGUGCUAACCCAGCAUUCGAUAUUAGUCAAUCGAUCGUACACAUUGAUACAGCGUUAGUAGUGACUAGAGACUAGAGUGUGCUCUCUUUCCCCGUGUCUUGUCCCCGAGGUGAGCAUCGAAUGUAAAAGUAAUGUGACAAAAAUAAAACCAACCA